UCCGCAGGAUUCGAGUGGGACGAGUUUGCUUUUUAAAUCACUUCAGGAGCUGCGAUCAUUAGUGCCUCCCGUCCGACCGCGUCGCACGUGCAGCCUCGGGAGGCCAAGCCUCUCUGUUUCUCCUGGUUUGCGCUGUCUUGCGAUGGGUUUGGUAAGACUGUAGUUCUGCUCCUGUGUGUAACAAGUCAAAGUGGCCUAUGGUUCCAGGCUUUGAUCGCCAGCAGGUCUGCGGAUUAACGUAAAGACGUUAUUAAUAGUGGCGCGCGCGAGGUUCUUGGUCCGGCUUCCGCGCGCACACGCUGCUGCGCCGCUGGUGGUUGAAGCGCGUGAAGGACCGAGGGGGAAGGGGACUUUCGGCACUGGGUGACAAUGAUGAUCCGUCGUUCGGACCCCAUGGCAGAGCAGAGAGUCUCGCGCUGGUACUUUGGGGGCGUCGCCUCGUGCGGGGCCGCGUGCUGCACGCACCCGCUGGAUCUCAUUAAGGUGCAUCUGCAGACGCAGCAAGAGGUGAAGCUGAGGAUGACGGGGAUGGCGAUGCAUGUGGUGCGAAGCGAAGGGGUGCUGGCGCUCUACAGCGGCCUCAGUGCCUCCCUCUGCAGGCAGAUGUCCUACUCCCUGAUGCGCUUUGCCAUCUACGAGACGGUGCGGGACAUGCUGACAAGCAGGAACCAGGGCCCCAUGCCGUUCUACCAGAAAGUACUGCUAGGAGCAUUUGGAGGUCUGACUGGCGGCUUCAUAGGGACUCCUGCGGACAUGGUCAAUGUCAGAAUGCAGAAUGAUGUGAAGUUGCCACCGGCGCUCAGGAGAAACUACGCGCACGCCUUGGACGGGCUGAUCCGCGUCUGGAGAGAAGAGGGAGUGAGGAAGCUGUUCUCUGGGGCUUCGAUGGCUUCCAGCAGGGGGGCGAUGGUCACGGUGGGACAGCUCUCCUGUUACGACCAGGCAAAGCAGCUGGUCCUGGGCACCGGGGUCAUGACGGACAAUGUGCUCACACACUUCCUUGCCAGCCUGAUCGCGGGCGGCUGUGCCACCUUUCUCUGCCAGCCCAUGGACGUGGUGAAGACCAGACUAAUGAAUUCUAAAGGGGAAUACAGGGGGGUGAUUCACUGUCUGAGGGACACAUCCCACCUGGGCCCUCUAGCCUUCUACAAGGGCCUUGUUCCUGCCGGAAUCCGGCUCAUCCCUCACACCGUGCUGACCUUCAUCUUCCUUGAGCAGCUCCGCAAGCAUUUUGGCAUCUGUCAUCGUGUGACGUGACCUUACGUUUCGGGCCCCAUGGUCUCCCUCGUGCCCACAGAAGACCGUGGGUUGAUGGGAAGAAAGCACCCCGUUUUAUCUGCCCAUCGCGUAUCCCUACCGCUCGGGGAACUAGCUCUCAAAGACGACGGUCACAGUUGUAGAUGUGUCGUAAAUUCUAAACAGUCCAGCCUGGAGACACAAGCGAGCUACCCAGAACCUUGAGCAGACAAGGGGAGCUCCACAUGAGCAUCUGGAGGUGAACCUUACAGUGGAAAAAAAUGUGCAUGUGGGGUGCCCUGUUAAAGGUACAGGUCUUGCUCUUGCUGUGGGCAUCAUGUUGACCAUAGAGGUCCGAGAGCUGAGUAUAUGUGGUCCGUUCUCCUGCUACAAACACUUUGCAGAUGAUUGUAUUUAAUGCUGUAAUUUAUACAUACUAGUACCUCAUCAGCUCAGGCUUAUAAAGGUUUAAAGGUCAUCUUUUUUUUUCUCCUCCCUUCAUUUUCAAAAAAAUUUUGUUGCUCAGUAGCACCUGUAUUAACUCAUGUGGUGGGACAAACAUGCUAUGACAAUGUCUGGUGGUGUGGAAUGGGAAUUAUGCUGAAUUUAUUUUGUGGUGAAGACAGAAGUGCAGGAGUUUACACUGGGUUUUUAAACUGAUCUCCUAGUUUAUAAUGAAAUUGCUUAAUGAGGACGACGACGAAAAGCACUUUGUGUACAUUAGUUGUCCAAGAUAAAACAUGAUGAACUUACAGAUAUGACUGAAUCCAUAUAAUAUUUUUCACUCAGAUGGUGUAACACCAGUCUGCUGGAGAGACUGUUCCCAGAUGACAUUGCAAUGACAAUAUUAAUGUGUAUAAAUGUCCUGCAGCAGUUUUAUUAUUGUUUUUUUUCAUAUUUUAGCAU